UGGGGAUCGAAAAAAACAAAAAUAAAUAAUAAUAAUUAAUUAGAAGAAUGACGCUCUCGUCCCAAGAGGAUAUGAUUUAUUGGUGGUGAAAUUGAAUUAUUGGAUUUAAUUGAUUUGUUUAUUUCUUCCGAUCUCAACUCUUUUUUGCUCUUCCCCACUCUUUCGUUCAACUUGUUCAUUCAUUCAACCAAGUCACUCCCUCCUUCCCUUUUUCUCUCCAACCUCCGCCUCCCUCUUCAUUCCUUCUUCUCCCACCUCACGUCGGUCUUUUCACCUUGCGAAUCAUAACAGCAAUCAACCGAUCCUGAAGCCUUGCGACAUCGAAUCUGAUUUCGUCCCACCAGAGAAUCUCCACUCCCCUUACCUCUUGUCAUGCUGAUUUGAUCGGAACCCCCUGAGGAAGUGGGUAAACGGGCAAAAAGAAAGGGAAGGGACAAAAAAUAAAUAACAAAAAAAAAAAAAAUUGAAAGGGGUACAUCAUGGCUUGUUCGGCUCAAUCAGUGACCCUCGAGUCUUAUCUCGAUGAAACUGCGGUCUCCAGCGCUUAUGCCACCCCGUCCGAGGAGACAGCCUUGGUCCGGGAUCGUCGGCGGAGGCAUUCCUUCCAUGCUGCAAGAAAACUGUCCUGUGACUAUGAUGCCGACGCAGUCUUUUUGAGGGUGGAACUGUUCCUGGCCGAAUUAGAGAGACGGCUACAUUGGCUUGAGGACUAUCGCCGCUCGCACAUGGUACAGAUCGAUGCCAGCUUACGCAGAGGUUAUGCAACGCUUGAGGCGGUUAGAGAUUCCUGCUCCUACGCUUCUGGGGAACUCAUGGGCGGAGGCAAGAAGCGGGCCAAGAUCCUAGUGGAGACGCUUGAAGACGGCUACAAGGAUGCUCUCGCAACCAAAGAAACUUUGGAACAAAAGGCACAAGCGGGCGUUCGCUUGAUGGAGUCGUUCUUGUCGGAGUUGGAAGCUCGGGCGCAUGCGGUUCGAGACCGUGGGUUCUACGGCACCCUCGAUGACGGGUGGAAGGCUAUGGAUUCGAAGCUGGUCCACGCCCGAGAAGUGGUCGAUGAGGGAAUGGAACGCGCCCGGAAAGCGAAGGAUGCUCUGCGUGAAAAUAUCGACCAGGCCAUUGCGCUAGCUCAGGAGAAGCGUCUGAUUGCCUAUGCAGACCUUCCACAUCCAUGGCGUGUGAACCCGCACAUUCUGGAAGGAUAUCGGUUCACGCAUUCUAAGGUAGAAUGCUUCACGUCCAUGUUUACCUUCUCCAAUGAAUUGGUCAACAUCUGGUCUCACCUGAUCGGUCUGUUCAUCGUCCUCUCGGUCGCCUUUUACUUCUAUCCUUUGAAUCCAAACUUCCACUUGAGUACCAAGACGGAUGUAUUGAUUGCCGCGGUGUUCUUCUUUGCUGCAUGCAAGUGCCUAGUCUGCAGUACUCUUUGGCACACCAUGAAUAGCAUUGCCAACCAGGGGCUGAUGGAGCGCUUCGCCUGCGUGGACUAUACUGGCAUCUCAAUGCUCGUUGCUGCUUCGAUCGUGACGACGGAAUACACUGCGUUUUACUGUGAACCCGUUUCGCGAUGGACAUACAUUCUUCUCACGAUGUCCCUCGGAAUCGGUGGUGUCAUUCUCCCCUGGCACCCGACCUUCAACCGCGCUGAUUUUGCCUGGGCUCGUGUGGCAUUUUACGUUACGCUUGCCCUAACGGGUUUCGCGCCGUUAGCACAACUGACCUAUACCCGAGGCUUUGCCUGGUGUCUGUACUUUUACGCACCCGUCGUGAAAAGCAUUCUCGUGUAUUUCGUUGGGGCUUGCAUUUACGCUUCUCAGGUACCCGAACGGUGGCGGCCCGGUCUUUUCGACUACGUGGGUGGGAGCCACAAUAUUUGGCAUUUCGCCGUCCUAGGCGGCAUCCUGUUCCACUAUUGCGCCAUGCAAGAUUUGUUUGCAGGCGCUUUCCAGAGAGCCAAGGGAGAAUGUCCGCACUUGACUUCCUGAAGCCUCUGCAGCUUGGCUUCUCUAAUGUUAUGGCGUAUAUGAUGGGAUCAAUCUUCGCGCGCACAUAGACCUUGGCUGCC